AUGUCGGAGAGAGUUUUGCGAGUGAGCCAACUGGACGCGGCAGAACUGGACGAGGAUCUGGUCUCAGUCCUGCAAGAACAGCUUCUAGCUGUCUUCAAGGUCCUCCCCACCGCCAGCCUCGCGUUCAAACCGGAGCUGAGGGCCGCCCUCAAAACAUUUCUCUGGUGGACUUCUGUCAGAGUUACCGGACAGACGUUCGGACAGCGUAUGUUGGACGUUCAGUACAGCACGAAGUCAGCCGUCGGUUCCAACCUUACGUCUCGUCACAAGUGGACGCUCCUCCUGCUGAGUGUGUGUCUAGACUGGCUGAUAGCCAGAGCUCAUGUCUUGAACACAAUCUCCGGUCUGAACCUGGUUCCACGGAGGCUGGAGGGGCUCCUUGAUUACCUCGCCGCAGCCGUCAGCACUCUCUCCCUCCUCAAUUUCACCGUCUUCCUCCUGCGAGGCAGCUACCCCACUCUCUGCAACAGACUGGCAGGCGUACAUGUUGCUCCCUCCAAACCACAGGUCCUGCGAGGGCUCGCUUUUGACCUCAUGAAUAGAGAAAUCAUGUGGCACGGAUUUGCCGAGUUCCUAUUCUUCAUUCUGCCUCAUGUGAACACAUUUGCUCUGAGGAACUGGCUGAGGAGAGUGUGCCUCCCUCCCUCCCCACCUCCGCCAAACCCAUCCCUGUGUGCAGUGUGUGAGGAGCUACCAACACUGACCCAGAUUGCUAGCUGUGGACACGUGUACUGUUACUACUGCCUGCAGGCUAACUGGACGAGAGGGCGAGAGAUAGCGGUGGUGAGUGGGAACGAUGAAGACUGGCCAGGGAAGGCCGAACAGCUACUCCAACAGCAGCUGAAAAACGUCCAGGAAGAGUGCAGGCAGCUUCGAGAGUCCUACAGACGUGAGGGUAGCACCAGUCGUCUCUCUAGGAGUAGUAGAACAAACUCCACUCACAGCCUUGUGCAGGGGUCCAAGACACAGACUCCUCCCUCCCUCACACCUCCACAUCUCAAUCCUCACACCUUCACCCCUCACACAGUCUCAGGCCACCUCACAACUCCACAGACCUCCAACCUUCCACUCGCCCUGGGUCUCGCCAGCUCUGCCAGUCUGUCGAGUCUGAGGUCCACACAUUCAGAGCUGGCUCGGCCCACUAUGACAUCAUCACGACAUAAUCAGCAACGUCUCAGUUAUAAUGUGCCUGGGAAGAGGGGAGAGAAUUUAAGAACUAAGAAAGCAGGAGGGAAAAGAAAUAUUCCACAGACAGGCCACAUCUCAACCCACAGAACGGAAGGGAAGAACUAUUUGUCCACGCCUGCACGAUCUCUGGACAACGGCUACAGCUCAGGGGGUGUGGCUGGUGGGCGGGACUUCAAUUCAGGAGGUGUGACAACGAGACCAGGGAAGGCUUCUGGAGGAGAUAGAGCUCUGUAUACAUUGUCUUCUCCUCUCUCUCUCCCCACUACUUCCACUGUGGGUGUCCCUGUCACACUCACCAGCCUCCAACUCUCUGGAUCGGUGAGAACAAGAAGAGAGGAGGAUGGAGGGAGAGGAGAGGAGAGGGGGAGGGGGAGGCAGCUGGAGCACGAGGUGGCAGUUCUGGAGCAGCAGUUGUCAGAGAAGACGCGGACAGCCAGGAGUCAUGUUGAGGAACUGACGUGUAUGAGGAGUGAGCUGGCUAGAGAGAGAGCAUCUCUGGCUCGGGAGAAGCAGGAGGUGCUGGAGUCGGCCAGCGUCCAGCUGAAGAGAGAGAAGGCGAGUCACGAGGAGCGGUGUCGUGAUCUGCUGGGCCAGCUGGAGAGGCUGCGAGGGGACAAGAGAGAGGGAGACAGAGAGAUCGGCAGCCUCAGAGCCUCUCUCAAAGGGAGCCAAGGAGAGGUUGCCAGGCUGUCUGAGAGCCUGUCACGGCUGGGACUCCAGCUGGAGAGGGAGAGAGAAAGCCACACCUCCUCGUCCAGGUCCCUACAUGCAGCUGCCGAGGGACACAGAUCAAAGGUGGCAGCGUUGGAGGAGGCUCUGGGGAGGUGCCGGGAAGAGAUAGCUACUCACAUCUCGCAGCUGGGUGAACUGGAGGCAGCUCACCGCUCUGAGGUCGACACUCUCAGAAACCAAGUGCGUGAUCUGGAGGAGGGGGUGAGUGGACUGAAAUUGCAGCUGGAACAGAGAUCAGAUGAAGUGGCGAGACUAGAGAGGGAGCUGACGUCUGCCACGACUCAGUCUCAGGGUCUGCUGCAGGAGAAGACAGACAGAGUGUGUCGACUUGAGGCCCAGCUGAGGGAACUGGAGAGGGGGAGUGAGGAGGAGAGGGGGAGAGAGAAGAGGAGGGACGAGGAAUUAAGGAGGUCUCUGGAACAGAGUGAGGGGGUGCGACGCUCUCUCCUGGCCCAGGUGGAGAGGAAUGGGGAGGAGCUGGAGAAGAUGACAGAGAGGCUGGGGACACUGCAGCAGAGGGAGGCGGAGGCUGAGCGAUGCCGGGCUGAGGCCAGCCAGCUACACCACUUGGUUGGGGAGUUGCAGCGAGACAAGAGAGAGAGGGAGGCAGAGGUGAAGGACUCCCGGGAAGAGCAGAGGAGGUUAAAGGUUGAGUUGGGGAAGACACGGGCUCAGCUGGACUCUGUCAAGUCUCAACUACAGCAAGCUAGACAGAGAGAGGCGGAGUAUUCUCGAGCGACAGCUGAGCUGGUGAAGGAAGCGGGGCAGGUGAGGACAGAGUCAGGGCGGGUCAAGGCGGAGCUGGAGGUGUGUCGGAGGGAACUGCGGGAGACGAGGGAGGAGGGGAGGAAGAAGGCGGGGUCACAGAUGAACAGUGUCAGCUCCCUCAACCAGGAACUGGCCUCUCGCACGCAACAGGUGUUGGAGAUGGAGGAGCUACUGAGGACCCAGCAAACAGAGGCCGCAGCCCGCAGGACUGAACUGGAGCACAGUCUGUCUGGGUGUCGGGGGGAGCUGCAGUCUCAGUCUCAGGAGGCCGACCAGCUGAGACAGCAACUGGGCCUGGCACAGAAGAGAGCAGAGGAUCUGCAGAGGCAGGUGGCACAGCACGAGGCAGUACGGAGGAAUUCCUCAGCUGAAACAGAAAGACAGCUCUCCUCUAAGGAGAACGAGCUGGCAGUGCUGCGUCGUCGACUCCACUCACUGCAGGAGUCUCACUCCACAGUAUUGGCCAGUUCCGAGGCCCUCUCUGCCACCCACCGCAAGGCCGAGGCUCAGGUGGCAGGGCAGCUGCGAGUCAGACAGGAGGAGCUCUCCCGCACUCGGGCCCAGGUGUCCUCACUCUCCAUUGAACUGACAGCAGAGAAAAACGUUUCAGAUGACCUGAGGAGUCAGUUGACGCUGGCCAGAGCUGAGGCAGCACGGCACCAGGCACACAUGCAGCGAGCUGCGUCCCUGGCCUCUCCUCCCCUCACCACCAGUCGCACAAGGCCUGCAGCUCCUCCUCUGCCUGCCGCGAGAGGCACUAAUGCCACUGUGUUGGAUAUGGGGUGUGCAGAGUCCAAGCUGCUGAGGCUGCUGCGCAGGGUGCCAUGUGUCAGAGAGCUGGUCGGAGUUGACGUACAGACGUCACUACUGGAGGCCAAGCAGCACGGCCUGCAGCCACUCAUCUCUGACUUUGUCAUGCGUCGACCUGAUCCCCUCACAAUCCACCUCAUGCACGGAUCAAUUGACGAGGCUGAUGAGAGACUGACAGACUUUGACCUCAUGGCGUGUGUUGAAGUUAUAGAGCACCUGGAUCCUCCAGUGUUGGCCAGAGUGCCGACUGCAGUGUUCAGAGACAUGCAGCCAAAGACAGUGAUUGUGUCUACUCCAAACUCUGAGUUCAACAUCCUGUUCCCAGACUUCCAUGGUUUCAGACACCCAGAUCAUCGCUUUGAGUGGACUCGCUCCCAGUUCAGACAAUGGCAAGUGAUGGAGUGUGUGUACCCACACCGUGAACCACUGCCUGUGGGGGAGAGACUGCAGCAUGAGGUGGAGUACAGACUGCUGCAACUGCUGAGGUGGAGAGAGAGGGAGGGAGAAGAGGAAGGGGAGGUGAAGAUCAGACUGGACUCUCUGUUAAAGUAUCAACACAUUAGGGAGCUUUGUUCAACUGUGGAAGAGAUAAGAGAGGCAGUGAAAAGCUCGGGAGUGGUGAAGAGGGUUGAGGAAGAUGAGGUGGUCAUGGACCUCAACCAGUGGUCGCCUGAGUCUAGCAGACAGGGAGAAGAGGAGGAGAAAGAGGAGGGAGAGAGACUAAAUUGUGAAUUUAGAGACCCUGAGAAAUGGGAUUAAUCACUAUUAUUAACGUUCAUCAUUGUUGUUCAUUU